GACAGUGACGUUUGUGAAGACGAGAUACAGCCGCGUGUACACGUGCAGCAUUUUUGGAGAUCUUGAAAAAUUUGGAAUAUCUACGACCUUUUUUUUAAUCGUUUAUUAACUUUUAUUGAGCAAAUAAACAUGAAAUAGAGAACAAUGAAUGCAACGUACACUAUGCUCUAAACAUAAAAAUUGUUUUUUUCCAAAAUAUUUUUUGAUCGCUCUGCACGUACGUUUAAACUUAUCGUUUUCAAAUGACACCAAAACGAUAAGUUUUGUUUCAACGGCUUGUUUUGACAGAGACCGUUUUCUGCCGAAGCGGGCGAUGAACCGUUGCAAUUUUCAAACCUCAACAGCUUGCCCUAGACGCGUACCCAGAACAAAGCAAGCAACAUCGGUUCCGCUGUGGUGCUGCUGAAAACGGCGUAAAUUGUUGGAAUUUUUGUGAAACCCCAGUGAAAAGGUAGUGCAAAAAGCGAAUUCACACAGUGUUAUUUAUAUAUUUUGGUGUAAAAGUGUUGUUUUGUUGGGAAAUGCAAUAAUGGAUCCUUUCACUCAGAACAUACUUGAACGUGCGGAAAAGCGUGCGGCCGCGCUUGGCAUCACGAACACCUCCAAGUUUCCGCUCUCGGAGUUUAACUACGAAGCGGACCAGCAGGGGGGCGCAGCGGGAGCAUCGCCCAAGAAAAAGUCGGUGACGAAGAAGCAUUCCGCACCGAAACCACCGCCUCCUACAACGACCGUUUCCACGCGAACGGCUACGGACGGUGAGCGUACGACGACGGUCGACAUCGGCGGGCAGGACAAUUGUGAUUUGGCACUGGAAAUAAACAUCACCACGAGCGCCAAUCUGCAGGUCGAUCUGGGCGUGAAGGAGCUGGAGAACGAUGGAAGUGUUAAGAAGCAAUGGGAACAUAACAUUGUGCGUGCGCUCGAGGGCGAAAAGGAGAACAGUGCCGAAGCGAAAAGCGUGAUCCGCGAUCAGAGCCGUAACCAGCUGCAGCGGCUUGGCACGCUGUACUCGGAGACGCAGGAUCUGUCCUCUCCGGUGCACCGGACCGAGGGUCGGUUUCAUGAGGACGUGAAGCAGAGUAGUAAUAAGCCGAAACCGAAGCUCGCGAAAUUGGCAAUGUUGGCCGAUUCGAUAAACAAUUGGGAAGACGAUACGUCGCAUCCCGACAUUACGCAUCAUCGUGAGACGAUCGUGCCGGGUAGGGAACGGAAAUCGCCUAUCAGCAGCAGUAGCACCCGACAGCAAAGUCCGAAGCGUGCAGGAGAAGCUAGGACUGGUGCCUCAGGCUCCUCGGCACCAGGUACAGGUGCAACUCCGAAAAAGUACCCUGCACCAAAUCCUCCGAAAUCGAUACUAACAGCCACCCAGAAGACGGGUAGCAAUGGUGGUGGCGAGCCAUCAUCAGGAGCGGCAGGUAAACCGGCCCAAACCAAAUCUCUUAAGUGGGAUCAAAAGGUAAUGGACACGCUCGAGUCGCAAGGCUUCCAGCGACGGGAAUCCACCACCUCGAAGUUGGUUUACGACUACAAGGAAGACAAGAAUGGCCAAAAAACGGACACCUAUCGUGCUCCGGUAACGGCCUCGGCCGUGAGUUCUACCUCUCGCGAGCGGAACACCACCCAGGCUGAUCAGGCUGAUGCGGUCAAGAAAUCGGCCCCUGUUUCUUCUUCUUCUUCCCAGCCGAAGAAAGUUGCGGUUGGUGCACCGAAACCUGCCGGAGGUCUCGUUUCCGGGCGUGCUGCAAUGUUUGAAAAAUCGUCCGGACGGCGCCAAUCCAUCCUGAAACCGGGCCAGAAAGAUCCCGCUGAAAUGUCACUUAAAGAGCGCAUGGCCAUUUUCGAGAAGAACAAGGGAGCUGCACUGGUGCCGAAGGCUGCAUUCGGUAUUAGCCCUUCGAUUCGGCAGAUCACGGGACAGAAGGAGGGGGGCAAGUCGGGCUCGUCCGGAUCGGGACCGAUGUCCUGUGCUGCCAUUCAGGGGUCUGGAUUUGGGAGUAUCACCCAGCAAGCAGCGAGCAACAGAGCGGUUGCACCUGCUUCACCGCAGAGCAAACCGAAGGUUGAUCAUGACAAAGCGGCACCGAAAGUGGAAACGAAAGCGACCGGUUCCGCCAUCCGUAACACGGUGGAGGCCCUCAUGUCGGACACGAGCACGAUUUCGCAGUCGGAAAUAUCGGAAGAGAUCCGUCGUAUGCGCCAACAGGAGAUGGAAAUGCUGCUAAACCGGUUCACCAAACCGGCCGACAUGUCGUCGGAUACGAUCGAGUACGAAACGCAACCGAUUCCAUCUGCACCGCCGAUGCCACCGGAGGGUUAUCUGACGGGUAGUGGUCGGAAACAAUCGAAGCACUCGGCGGAAGGAAACAACGUUCAUGGUGGACCGCCAGCGAAACGGCGCAGUGACGGUACUAACGAUAGUGCGGAUGUGAUGGCCGCUCUGGACGAUGUGAAGCGGAUCCGUGUUGGACCGGCGGCCAAGGAUGGGCGAAUGUAUCCGGCACUGAGUGACAUCGAAACGACGGCCACCGAAUCGGGUGACGAGGGUGCGGUGGGUGAUGAUUACACCACUGCUACCGUAUCCGGUUCGGAAGGGUCAGAGCGUGCCUACCGCACCUGUUACAGUGAGGUCCAAGACGGCGAACGGGAGUUGGCCGAUGAGGAGGAAGAGUAUGACGAAGAGGAAGAUAACGAACGGCAUCAGUACGAGGUGGAUGAGGAUGACGACAGCUUUAUGUACUCGGACGAUGAUGAAGAGGCCAACAUUGCCAACGUGAGCUUGGGGCGCGAAAUUCUACAAGCCGUCAAGCUGAACGAUCGUCGCACUAGUCGUGGUCGUCGCCAAAGUCAAGAAUGGAACCAACAGGAAGAAGUUGCCCAGGCGCAGGCCCCGAAGGGUGUGUCUUUCAGCCUGGAUCGUUCCGGUGCCAGCGAUGGCACGGAUCCGCUCGAAGACAGUGACCUGAUCGAUGCCUGCCUCGAGGAAGCUUUGGUUGACGAGGAAGAGGAGGAAGAAGACAGUGAAGCGUUUGAUACACCCCGAAAGUCUUCAGUGUCGUCCAACAGUUUCUCCUACCAGAAGCACUCGGGGCGCGAUCGUUGCGCCACUAUCAACGAGGAAGAGUCGGCAAAGGAUCCCAAAAGUGGUGCUAACAAGCGUAAGUCGGGUACGCCACGCAAGAGCCAAGUUGGUACCGUAGACUACAGUAGCCCGGUGCGGUCGGAGCUUCAAGUUAAGCCUUCGAAAGAUGACGACGAUAUGGUCACGUUGGUCCACACCGUUAGCUUCUACCGACGUCAGCAACAGCAAAACUCGAUGACCCCACGGAAGGUUCCACGUACGCCGGUGUCGACGAAAAUGGCAGCAACCAACUCCUCGCCUAGAGCCGGAACGGUUGAUUCUACCACCGCGGAUGAUUCGGAUGAGGAGGAGGACGUAUCCAGCACGGCUGAGUCUACCUCCACCGGUACGGAGGAGGGUGAAUUUUUGGUCCAGGAAAAGGUGAAGAAACUGCUGGACGAAGUAUGCAAGCAGCAAACGAUCAUAGCCCAAGCUAGCCAAGCGCUUAACCUAUGUGCGGCCACGAUUGAGUUUUCUGGCUCCACCGAGUCGGCCGAAGGUGAACGUCAUCUGCUCGUUGCAACACACCGUCGACAGGCCAUUUUGGACGAAGUACAACGGCUGCGCGUUGAGGGCUGCCUGCGACCGCCGGGUGCUCCAACCGAGAAGGGCCGUUUAACUGUGAAGGAAAUUACGUUGCCGCUUAAGCAGGAGUACAUGCGCAAGCUGGCGACGGAUCAGAUCAAUGGUCAUAAUUUGGUGUGUCUGCUGAAGUACAAUGAAACUGUGUUGGCCACACAGACGGCACCGACACUGCCGGGGCUGCUAUCGGUCCGUUUUCCCGAUGUGCUACAGCUGAGCAAUGUGUUUGCUGAUUUUAAGAUAACGAUGGAAAUCUACGGCAUGCCCGCUAGUCGCGAAGUACUGCCUCAUGAGAUUAAGUACCACAUUGCACUGGGUAAAAAGAAAACUGGCAGUGGCUCGAGCAAGCUGCUGCACACACCAAAAGGCUUGAAGAGCAAUUCGCGCCUCAUCAUGCCACCGGUACAGUCGCCGGCCGGUCCGCAAGCCGUCCGGUCGCCUUCGCUCACACAGUACGGAUUCAUCAUCUUUUCGCUGAAAGAGAUCCAACGCACGAGCUGGACGCUGAAUCCUAUCUCCGGCUGUGCCAGCCCGCUCGAUGGGACCGUCAAUAUGCGCGUAAACUGUGAGCUCGCGGUAACGGUGGACUACCAUGGCUUUUUGACGAUGUACGAGGACGUGUCGGGGCUGGGCGCCUGGCAUCGGCGGUGGUGUCGGUUGCAGCGCCACACGAUCAACUACUGGAAGUAUCCGGACGAUGAGAAGCGGAAAGCACCGAUCGGUAGCAUCGAUCUGCAGGGCUGCAGUACGCAGCGGGUUGGCGUUGCGCCGCGUGACAUCUGUUCGCGCCUGAACACGCUGUUGUUGGAGUUUCCGCGUCCGGCACGGGAUGACGAUGUGGAAUCGUUGAAAAUCGUUCGCCACGGCAAAACUACUAUCGAAAGAUAUUUGCUUUCCGCCGAUUCAAAGGAAGAGCGAGAUGAAUGGUGUGCCCAUUUAAACAAAACAUUGGCAUUGUUGAAAGCUUGGGGUGCCAGCCACGUCACUAGCUGUUAGAGGAGGCGUUCCUUUUUUUACAGUUGACUUGUUCUCUUACAUUUAGUUCAGAAGGAUAUGUUAGAUAGUUGUCUAUUUGCGAAGUACUUGAUUUUUGCUCCCCAUUCUGCAUUAGACAGCGAGAUCUUUUGUCAUCGAAUAUACGUAGCGUCGCCAUGAGCGGAGUGUCGCUGUAUGUAAAUUUUUAAGUAUUAUUUUUGUGUGGCGUUGUGUGCAAAGGUCUUAUAUAUUAACUAGUGUAAUAUUUUAAUUUCAAUGUCCUUUACCGAGCGAUAGGGAAAGAAUGAAAGAGGAGAAGCGGAUCCGCUUUAAGAAUGAGCAUUGCAUUUAAUUAACACUUUCGAAUCAACUGUACACGGAAGUAUUGUUUUUGCUGAGGAGAAAGAAUUAGCGAUAGACCAGAAGAAAUUAUAUGCUUUUUUUGAACGAACGUGUGCUAAUCCGACCAUAAGUGUGGAUAUAUUACUAACCCGAUAUAUCUUGUGAAUAAUAAAACGAGUACAGCUUUUUCAGCAA